AUGGGCGUUGAUAUAAGUCACAGAGACAAGAGGAAGGUUAUUCGUAGGAAUCCCAAGAGCGGUGAUGUUUACCUGCGUCUGCUGGUCAAGUUGUACAAGUUUUUGGCCAGGCGUACGCAUUCGAAAUUCAAUAAUAUUAUAAAGCGUCGUCUUUUCAUGAGUCGUAUUAAUCGAGCUCCUCUUUCACUUUCACGGCUGUCAAGGCAGAUGAAGAAACCUGGUCGUGAGGGCAAAGUCGCUGUUGUUAUUGGAACUGUCACUAAUGACAUUCGUAUGCGUGAGGUUCCCAAGUUGACGGUUUUCGCCCUUCGAGUGACUGCUGGGGCCAGAAACAGGAUUUUAAAGUCUGGUGGUAAAGUAUUGACCAUUGAUCAGUUGGCUAUAAAGGCUCCACUCGGCAAAGGUACUGUGCUUCUCCAGGGACCUAGGAAGGCGCGGGAAGCUUGCCGUCACUUCGGUCCCGCCCCCGGUGUUCCUGGAAGUCACACAAAGCCGUAUGUUAUUUCAAAGUCCCGCGAGCGUACCAACGCUCACCGAGCCUAA